AUGCUUCGAUCGACGAAACUCCCCGCCCUCCUCCCCCUCCUCGCGUGGCUCGUCACUCACUCGACCCCUAUCCAAGCGUGGUCUCUCUGCAUGUACGUAAUCGUACUCAUUCCCCCCCAAAAAACGACAACGUCUUCUCACACUACCUUACAUUCCAUUCGUUUCAUUCUCUCGUCCGAAAAAAAAGGUUCGGCAAUUCCCCCGGCGAACUCGCAACUUGCUCAGGGCUCUGUCAACUCACGUGCCAUGAUCCCAAAAUGGGUAAAGUCAAGUAA